AUGUUGGUUCAUUCAGACUCAGGAGACAAGUUAAUCUUUAGCCGAGAUCCCGAUGGCCCUUGUGAUUACUGCCGUAGCAUAGAGGAGAUUUGUUCGGUUGACUUGAAUAAACGAAACCAGAGGCCGUUCUACUAUGUGUCAGAAGAGGAAUAUCGUCUUCUGUGCGAACUAUGUAGCUACUGCUUCCCUGGUGAAGAGCUAACUACAUCAAACCUACGAAGACUUGUAUCGGAACAGAAAAAAGCGCUAUCAAGUAAUCAGGCAGACAUCUCGACCCCAAACAUCACCAUUGUUGAGCGGAUCCCAACUCAUACAAGCAACCCAAUCGACCAAAAUACCAUACUGCCACGGAACCGCACGAAAAACCAGACAGAGCAACAAUCUAUCCUGUUGCCUGAAAUUGUUAAUCUCCGUCACGAUUUAGGUUGCCUGAUGGUUGACGCUCAUGGUGAAUAUCGUAAACUGCUCUGUGAUAACCUUGUCGGCCAUAGAAUCUUAUCAAAUCAAUAG